AUGGCGGGUAUAUGUUACGAAGUGGUGACGGAUGCAUCGCCGUCGUCGGCGUAUGAAUCGAUGCCGUCAUAUUCACGGCGGAAGCAGAGGACGGUGAUUGAUGAAGAGUUGGAGAAGAAUCGUAAUAAGCGUAAUAAACAGGAAGCUCAAACUACGAGAUGUUCUUUAGUUUCUCAAACUUCUCAGGAGGAUUUCUCCGGGAGUAAAACGGUGAGAAGCGACGAUAAUGUCGACGUCUCCGGCGAGUCUCCGAUGACGGAGGUAAGUCCGAGAUAUGGCGUCUCUUCGGUGUGCGGUAGAAGAAGAGAAAUGGAAGAUACGGUGGCGAUUCAUCCCUCGUUUUCUUCUCGCAAGAAUUCGGAAUAUCCUCAACAUUACUUCGGUGUGUACGACGGUCAUGGUUGUUCCCACGUUGCAGCAAGGUGCAAAGAGAGGCUUCACAAGCUGGUGCAAGAGGAACUGAAUUUAGAUAGGGAAGAGAACGAGGAAGAGUGGAAGAAGACGAUGGAGCGUAGCUUCACGCGCAUGGAUAGAGAGGCUGUGUUGUGGAGUGAAAACGUCGUGAGAGCGGAUUGUAAAUGCGAGCUUCAAACGCCGAAUUGUGACGCCGUCGGAUCAACCGCCGUUGUAUCCGUCAUUACGCCGGAUAAGAUCGUCGUCGCUAAUUGCGGCGAUUCCAGAGCUGUUCUCUGCCGAAAUGGAAAACCAUUCCCUCUAUCCAUAGAUCACAAGCCUGAUCGUCCAGAUGAAUUGGACCGAAUCGAAGGAGCAGGAGGAAGAGUCAUAUAUUGGGACUGCCCGAGAGUUUUGGGGGUCUUAGCGAUGUCACGAGCCAUAGGAGACAGCUAUUUAAAACCUUACGUGAUUUGCGAGCCGGAGGUAACCGUAACGGACCGGACGGACGACGAUUGCCUCAUACUAGCUACCGACGGUUUGUGGGAUGUUGUAUCAAACGAGACCGCCUGCUCGGUGGCGCGAAUGUGUCUCCGUGGUGGUCGGAGACGGCGAGGUAAUCCGGAUCUGGCGGUGGAUUCGAUCUCGGAUAAAGCGUGUGUGGAAGCUUCAGUAUUGCUGACGAAGUUAGCGUUGGCAAGGCACAGUAGUGACAACGUGAGUGUGGUAGUGAUUGAUCUCAGAAGAAAAGGACACGUAACUGGACACUAA